UUUUUUUUAGAGAUUUGAUAGAAAACUUAUUUAUGAAGUCAUGCCAGUACCUUCUAAUAUUAAUUUAAUAUCGGUAAAAACUAUGAAUUCUGAAAAUUCUUACGGUGAAUCUUAUUCAAAUACUUCUAUCAAUUAUUACCAAAAUAAUAGAACCGAAAGUUAUGAUGCCUCAAAUCAGUCUGCUCAAUUAAAUUAUGAUCAGAAUCAUAUUGAAGGGCAAUAUUUAUCAAACAAUGCAUCAAAUAUACAAAUGCAAAAUGAUUCACUUAAUAAUAACACAAUAAAUUGUAAUUCAAUUUCUUUAAGUCAGACUGCAACACAAAUUCACAGUGAAAUCCUACUUCCUUCGAAUUUAUCUUCUGAGACCACACCAAAUAUUCUUCUAAAUAAAGCAAUAAACAAUGAAAAUCUUAAUAAUGUUGAUAAUAGGUUUAACAAUAUGCAAGAUAAUCACUCUCAGUUGGUUACAUCAACCACAGAUAAUAGAAUGCAGUCAAACCUUAGGAAUACUUUUAAUAAUAUAAACAAUAAUCUUUCUCCAAACAAAAGUCAUACUAUUAAUGAUCCUAAUUCAUAUUAUAAAAGCAUUGAUCAAUUACCAAAAAUUCCCAAAAAACCACAUUUAUCAUCUCAUAAUAGUAGCAAAGACAAAAACAAUAACAAAACAAAAAUUAUCAAUUCAUCAUCUCAUAAGAAACAAAAAAUUCAUAGUGAAACAGAGUCAGAGGAUGAUGAACCUUUAACAUUAAAAUUGAAUAAGCUCUCAAAAUUGAAAGACCAAACAGUUAAAGAUGAAUCAAGCUCAAGCAAACCCCACCUCUCUACCCCCACCAAAAAAUCAGGCCUUCAUGUUCACCAAGAAUAUAAAGGGGGAAGCCCAAGAAACGAUGAUUCGAUCGAAAUUAAAUCAGAAGCUCUACUUUCCCCUCCCAAAACUCCCAAGAAGGAUCAUAUUUCGAGCCAGCAAAUAAAGAGGCCAAAAAUUGCUCCAGCAAGCGAAGAUGAUGAUGAUACACCCCUAAGUCUUAAAUUUAAGCAACCGAAAGUUGAUAUUGAAAUAAAAAACGAACAUAGGGAAAAUAAAAAGCAGACACACUCAGAAUACAGAGAGGGUGGGAAGAUUAAAAAGGAGAAUAAAGAACAUAAAGAAGAACAUGAUAGGCACAAGGAGAAGCACAAAGAUCGGGAAAGAAAACAGGAAGUGGUCAUUAAGACCGAAAAAAGGCACGGCGACUCCAAGUCAUCUUCCGAGAUCAAAUCCCCUGUGAAAAAAAUAAAAUCAGAAAAAUCCGAUUACGAAGAACCGAUCGGGAAAAAAUCUACCCUCACGACGAAGACCAAAAUUAAGAAGGAGGAAGGGAACGAAGGUGCAGAUGGCGCCCACGUUUGGAAAUGGUGGGAGGAAGAUUCGACAGGGGAUGGAGUUAAAUGGAAUACAUUGGAACAUAAGGGACCAAUUUUUGCGCCUGAUUACAUACCUUUACCGAAUGACGUGAGAUUUAAAUACGACGGUAAAAUAAUGAAAUUAUCCCAAGACGCCGAGGAAGUUGCUGGCUUUUACGCGCGAAUGUUAGAACACGAUUAUGUCACGAAAUCUAAAUUCAACGAGAAUUUUUUUAAAGAUUGGAGAAAGGUUAUGAACAAGGAUGAACGGGCUUUAAUUAUGGAUUUGAACAAAUGCGAUUUCACCUCCAUAGCAGAAUAUUACAAAUUGAAGACGGAGGAAAGGAAGGCCAUGCCAAAAGAAGAGAAAUUGCGCCUUAAAAAGGAACAGGAAGAUAUGCAAAACGAAUACGGGGUAUGCAUUUUAGAUGGUCGACCACAAAAGAUAGGAAAUUAUAAGAUAGAACCGCCCGGUCUUUUUAGAGGACGCGGAGAUCAUCCCAAAAUGGGCAGGCUCAAAAAACGAAUCACUCCCGAGGAUGUUAUUAUAAAUUGCGGAAAAAAAGGUAAAAUACCGCAACCCCCAAAAGGACACAAGUGGAAAGAGGUGCGUCACGAUAACAACGUUACCUGGCUCGCUAGUUGGACCGAAAACAUUCAACAGAGCAUCAAAUACAUCAUGCUUAAUCCUUCGUCCAAAUUAAAAGGCGAAAAAGAUUGGAUGAAAUACGAAACGGCUCGACGGCUCAAGACCUGCGUCGACAAAAUCCGUCAACAAUACAAAGAGGAUUGGAAAUCUAAAUCCAUGCUAGAACGUCAGCGUGGAGUAGCCUUGUAUUUUAUUGAUAAGUUGGCACUCAGGGCUGGUAACGAAAAGGAUGAUGAGACCGCUGAUACAGUAGGUUGCUGUUCCCUCAGAAUCGAACACGUGACGCUACACGAGAAACUUGAAGAUGACGAAUGCGUCAUUGAUUUCGACUUUUUGGGUAAAGAUUGUAUCAGAUAUCAAAACAGGGUGCCCGUCGAAAAACGGGCUUUUAAAAAUAUCCAACUUUUUAUGAAAAACAAGAACAAAGAAAACGAACUAUUCGAUAGAUUAACGACUCAAAUUUUGAACAAACAUUUGAACGAACAAAUGGAAGGUCUAACAGCUAAAGUGUUCCGUACUUUCAACGCUUCUCUAACCUUACAAGAUCAACUCAACAAAUUGACUGAAGAUGAUACAACUCUUCACGAAAAAUUGUUGUCUUACAACAGAGCCAAUAGAGCUGUAGCCAUAUUGUGUAACCAUCAAAGGACUAUUCCCAAAACGCACGGUAAACAAAUGGAAAAUUUGCAAGAAAAGGUGAAAUCUAAAAAGGAGGCCAUAUCGGAAGCGAAGAAGGAAGCCAAAAGCGCUAAAACCGACUUCAAACGGGAAAAAAACCAGAAAAACGAGCUAGUUUACGAAAAAAAGAAGAGCAAACUGGAAAGGCUUAAAGAACAAUUGCUCAAACUCGAGCUCCAGGCCACUGACAAGGAGGAAAAUAAAACGAUAGCAUUGGGAACUUCCAAGCUAAAUUAUCUAGACCCCAGAAUUACGGUUGCUUGGUGCAAAAAACACAGUAUAAACGUGACCAAACUUUACAAUAAAACUCAAAGAGAUAAAUUCAGAUGGGCCAUUGAAAUGGCUACCCCAGAAUACGUUUUUUAAAUCGAAACGAUUGUUAAAGAAAAAAUUAUAUUAUGUCUAGCACGAAAAAUAUUUGCAUCUUUUUAUACACGGUUUCAUACACUUUUUUAAAAAAAUGUGAUUUUUUUUCUUUUGCUAUAAAUAUGUCCCAGUUGUUUUCUUAUAAUCGGUUUUAAAAAAUUGCAAAAUAUCUAAUAAAAAUAUACGAAUAACCCAUUCCUUUAUACAUUUAUUAUAUAUAAACCUCUAGAAGUAAUAUUUUAAUUGAAUAUAAAUGAUUAUUAAUUUGUACGCAUAUAACACUAUAAAGCACGUGUUUGG